CUCGCCUUCUCUCUCAUCUCUCUCUCUUCUGCUCCUUCUAUCUCUCUCAUUCUUGGAGAACAAGUUCAAAUGGGAGAGAAGAAUAUGUGCUUUUGAUUAUUCAAAAAUCUCAUGGAUGGUAGACAAGAGCUGAGAAACAACAACACCACCGAUCCUCCUCCUUCUUCUUAUUCCUCGAUGGCCAACUCAACACUCUUCUCCGAUCAAGAUAUUCCGAUGUUUCCCAACACCGCCUUCUCUUCACUCUCCGGCAUCUUCGACCCCGAAGCAGAACGGAGCUCCUUCCUAGACCUCCUCAGCAACUCGGACUGCGCUUCUUUCUUCGAUUUCGGGACCCAAACAACGACGACGCCGGCUGACUCGUUGAUGAUGAUGGUGCCACCUCAGCAGCUAAGAGUAGUACAAGCAGAGCAGCAGCUUCCGUCGCCGGUGUCAUCUACAGUGCCGGAUAGUGGGAAUAACUCUGAGGCUCUGAACUCCAGUGCUACUACUGCUCCUACUACGCCCAACUCGUCUUCGAUCUCGUCGUCGUCGAAUGAAGCUCAUGCGGCGAAUCAUAAUGAGGAGCAAACCACGACAAAAGCAGGACAUGAGGAAGAAGACCAAGAUCCGGACAAGACCCAGAAACAAUUGAAACCGAAAAAGAAGAACCAGAAGAGGCAGAGGGAGCCGAGAUUCGCGUUCAUGACCAAGAGCGAGGUCGAUAACCUAGACGACGGGUACAGAUGGCGCAAGUACGGCCAAAAAGCUGUCAAGAACAGCCCUUAUCCAAGGAGCUACUAUCGUUGCACCACAGCUGGUUGCGGUGUGAAGAAGAGGGUGGAGAGGUCCUCUGACGACCCUUCGAUUGUGGUGACGACUUACGAGGGGCAGCACACGCACCCGAGCCCAAUCACGCCGCGCGGCAGCAUGGGGAUGGCGCCACUGCCGUCGGAGCUGUCCGGUCAUGUGUUCUCUGGUUCGGGCUAUGGCAUUCCUCAUCAAUAUCAGCAGCAGCAACAGCAACAGCAUUUGCACUCUUACAUAUAUAACUCUUCGCCUUCGUUGAACAUUACUACCACCACCACCUCGUCAGCGCCAUCCUAUAAUUUCAACCCGGCUUUGUUUCCUGGUUUGUUUCAAGAGAGAUAUAAUAACAUUGGCGGUCAUAAUUUCUCUAAUUCGGCUGCUUCUAAUUUGCUUAGAGACCAUGGACUUCUUCAGGAUAUGUUGCCAUCGCAGAUUCGGAAAGAGACUAAGGAAGAGUAGGAGGAAGGAUUUUGAUGAUUUGUUUAUGUGUUUCCUGGUAUGUACGUAAUUCUCUAACUGAUGACUACUUCUCUGUUGGGGUUCAUCUUUAGAAAGACUAAGCAUUCGGUCAGUACGUGCUUUAUGAUCAUAUCGAUCGCCAUUAUCGCUCUGUAAAAUUAAUCUCUAGUAGUACUCGAUCACUAGCCUUUUGGGGGACUAGUAGUUUCCGAACUCUCUAUCUUGAGCUAGUUUUAAUGUUAUUCUUUGUACUUAGAGAUGAUAUAUAUAUCUUCAUGGAGUUAUUAAUUAAUUUAUUUAUUAAUGGGUUUUGUGUAUCA